CACGAGCAUACAAACGCCCCUGGUAUCCGAGCCGCGUCGUGAACAGUUUCGAUGCGUGUAGUUUUAUUUAGUUAGACGAUUUGUUCCGGUUACCGAUUGCACAAAAAUCGGAACCUAUUUGUGCUCCCUGUGUGCCCUGGCGAAUGGCGUCUGCGGCCAGCACGCAUCAUCAUUAACCGAGGUGUUCCCUCUGGCACAAAAGUUCGUAAGCGUGUGACGUUUUUUUUGGGCCCGAGAAAAGGCAGAUGGCUUCCAUCGGCAGCAGCAACACCCCGGUAGUUUUUAGUGGGUUAUGAGCUGAAGGACCUCUCUGUUACACGAUCAAACCGUACGCAUUCUCAACCAUCAACUCCCGGGAGCGCUGGAAAGCGGUUCCAGAAGGAUUGAAACGAACUAUUGCUCCACGAUCAAAACAUACGAACACACAAGGCAAGGAAACAAUUCAGGAGGGACGGUUAUCCUAUCCUACACCUUCCCCCUUCUCCUGGCUAGCGAGUUAACACCACGAGAAGGGUGCAACAGCAACAAAUGCACCAGAAAAUUGUCACAACAGUCGAAAGUUUGAAGAGAAGUUUGCGACAGUAUUGAAAACUCGGAAACAGCGCUUUUCCUUGUGCAACAGCUGUUGGCCACGGCCAUCUCAUUCUGUUACCUCCUACCGUCGGACCGCACCGCGUAAAGCAAUCGUGCGUACCACCGGUACACUAACCGAACGAGACAACAACGGCGGCGCUGACGAGGCGGAUGGUGGGCGUGGUGGUGAAGGAGAAGGGUAGCAGCGGCAGCAGCACCGGCUCGACCAUGUCGCGCAGCGUACGGGCGGAAACGCGCGCCAGCAAGAAGGAUGACGUGAAGAAGCUGAUGCUGUCGAUGGAUCGUGUCCGGCACUGGGAGAAGAAGUGGGUCACGAUCGGGGAAACGUCAAUGAAGAUCUACAAAUGGGUACCGAUCUCGACGAACGAUAAGAAAAAACCGGGCACGAGUGGGGCGGCGGGCAGCGGUGGUACGGGUGUUGCAUCAACAACAGCUGGUACGGCCAAUGCGAACACCGGCAAGACAACCGGACAAGAUCGGCAAACGAACGGACAGUCGGGCAGUGGGCCGGGUGGACAGGUUAACGGUGGUAACACCACAUCCGUCACCACCAACGGUAACAGCAACAGUAGCGAGAACAAGGAAAACAACAUUAGAAAGCAACUGCCACCACCACCAACCGGUACCGACUCCAACUCAAAUUCCAACUUUGGGCUAGCAGAAGACUCAAAUACAUGUUUUUCUAUCGUGAGUGAUUCGCAGGGCGCAACCGACUUUGUGUCGAACAUGUUCUCGGAGGACUCAAACUCCCAGGGUAGUGAUAGUGCGCAACCGAAGCGGAUGAAAACGGAGUAGAGCGUGCGUCCACCAACGACGACGGUUGGCCCCUGCUGGGCCCACCUCAGCACACGGAAACUAUACAUACACCCGGUCCCAUAUUUCUCAUCCUUUCUUUGCAAACCCGAAACGCAAACACCACCGCGCUCUAACCCGGCUCCAAGCUGUAGGAAGAGGAGUUUAGUGAAAGAUGCAGGAUUUGCAAAAGGGGAAAACACAAAAGAAAAACAUAUAUGUACAAAGCGCUCAUUUAACAUUCAGGUGAAGAGUAUGGGAACAGGCAGAGAAAACAUCUUUUUCUUAAUUAAUCACACACGCACAAUACGUGUGGAAAUAGUGCAAGGAUGAGAAACCCAGGGACGACAGACGCUUAAACAUGGUAGCUUUUAAGGACGAAAGUUUCCGUUUUCUUUUCCUAUUCAUUAUUGAUUAUUGUGUUUAUAAACAAGGAUGAAAUGUUCUUGUUCCCAUUUGUUUGGGGUUUUCUUCCGCGGAACAGUUUUUUUUCUCUUUUCCGCGCACCGCUUCUCUUUAUCAAGCUAUUUCGUUAGAUAGGUUAGGAUAUAUUUCAUAUAUUUUUAUUUUGUAAAUGAAUUUUUCUUUAUCGUGAACAACACUCACUCAAAACCACACAUAAACAGCUUCACCUUCCUAUUGGUAGUAUUUGUAGUGGUAAUCGAAUAACGGAAAGGAACGCAAAAUUUAAAGUAUAAAGACAAUUGUUUAGACCUUUUACGUUGAUUGUUAGUGAUUUUUGGUUUGUUUAUUUGGAGAGCAUGACGAAACCGGGUUGCGAGCGAAGAAGGUGCAAAACAUUCACAAGAGGAUAAAAGAUUGAUAUAGGGCACUAGUCGGAGGCGCAGCAGCGGAUAUGAAUGCCAAGCAAACCGAUCGCAGGUAAUGCGUUUUCCGAAGGAGACGGAAUCAUCACCACAGACACACACAACCUUAGGUUAUACACAUUGCAUUUAUGUGUGCGCACCUUAUCAAACAACGUGUUUUAAGGAGGUUCGAAUAAGGUACGGAAUAGAAGAGUACACCGGAGGAUACCUACCCAGAUGACAACCCCAUCCUAAACGCUGGUUAGGGGUGGAUCGUAUGAGAAGGUGAGCCACGCUACCGUCUCGCAUAUGCAAAACAAAACAAAAUCGAACAGCGGGUACAAAAACGCAACCAGUGUGUGUGCUGCAUGGACUUGAAAAUAAAUCUCUCCCUUUGUCGCGAUGACGAUGGAAUUGAUAGAUAGACGCGAUGAUCGGGGGGCU